CAUCACCAUGACAAUUAUCUGCUGGGAAUGAACCUGAGAUACAUUUAAAUGGAAGGGCAUCGCAACGGAGAUAAGUUUCCAAUGGUUGUGAAUACUUCAGACUGGUUCUUCCCCACCCUGGACCCAGAGCUGGACCCCUGCAGUAACUACACUGAAGCCUGGCUGUGGCUGUCAUCCCUGCAGCCGGCCUACCUGGGUCUUAUCAGUAUGGUGGGCUUGGUAGGGAACGGCCUGGUUCUCUGUGUGUUCUGCCUGCAGAGGAAGCCCUGCACUGUUGCAGAUGUCUACCUGGGGAACCUGGCAGCUGCUGAUCUCGUCAUGAUGUCCUGCCUUCCCUUCUGGGCUAUCACCAUCGCCCGGGGCUACCAGUGGGACUUUGGAGAGGUGCUGUGUAAGCUGGUCAAUGUGGCCAUCUCUAUGAACUACAUGUGCAGUGUUCUGUUCCUCAUGCUGGUCAGCGUGGACCGAUAUCUUGCCUUGGUGAAGCCCAUGAGCACCAGCCGUCUGAGGAGAGCCGCCUGCGCCAGGCGUAUCUGCCUUGGGGUCUGGAGUCUGGGCUUCCUCUUUACUCUCCCCACGCUGUUCUUCCGCACCAUGAAGUACGUAGAGGAUCCCGGAGUGGAUGCCUGCAUUCUAGCCUACCCCCACCCAGCAUGGAGAUUGCACCACAACAUCACCAGGAACGUGUUUGGCUUCCUAGCCCCUGUCCUGGUGGUGGCCUAUUGCACUCGUCAAAUUGUUUCUGUGCUGAACGACCGGGAAGUCCUCUGGCUCCCUGGGGUGAGGGCGGAGAGGAAGGCCACCUCCUUGGUUCUGGCUGUGCUCGCCGUCUUCCUCUUCUGCUGGACACCUCACCAGGUGGUGCGCUUCCUUGACACUCUGGAUUACUUCCAGGUCACACCUGGAUGCCUCUGGGGUCAUGUCCUUGACAUCGGCAUACAGUUGUCCACAUAUUUGGCAUACAGCAACAGCGCUGUGAACCCUUUCCUGUUUGUCAUUGUGGGGAAGCAUUUCAGGAAACGUGCUAAAGAGGUGUUUGGAAAGACUUUAAACCCCUGGUCAAAAGACAUGUCCAACCUGACUGUGAGCUUCACCUCAAUAAAUAGACUCAAUGAAAAGCAGAGAAUAAGUAUUGACCAUUUGAAAAUAUCUGGGCUAAAACAAAUGAUAACAUGACCAGUGGCAGUGGGGACACGUGCGGUGAUUAACUGGCUGAUCUCAUUGAUUCGUUGGCCAUUUUGGGACAGCACAACAAGCUGUAACACAUAUUAUGACUUUUGUGAAAAGCUGCUUGAUACCACAUCCAUCUGGAACACAGGAGCAGAUGCAUUCAUUUUUGUUUUUCUGAGUCUUUGAUGGAAGUCAGAUUAAAUUGGAAUCUAAAGGGAAAUGAACCUACUUUUCACUGGAUUCAUUACCUCAGUAAUCAUUUUACUAAUGGAUCUAUGGUCUGUCUCAAUUGCUAGUUUCAAAACGUCUUCACUACAGCAUGAUGUUGGGUUUGCUAUCAUUCCAUUUCCAGUGAAAUAAUCUUGGCGAUCUCGUGAUUCAAAAGUCACUUACCAGUGUUACUGCUGCCAUGGCAGUGCUACACCAGUGCGGUCCAGCAUACGGUUAAGACACACUUGGAAGUCUGCUGUUCUUAUUCUUUGAUAGUCUGAUUACUCACAGGUAAUUUUUUUUUUUCAGGCCAAGUUAAACAUCCAAAUUAACAUUUAACAGUUGACAACUUGACGGAUGAACCUUGCUUACCAAGCUUACUAGCUAGUGCUAGCUUUAGCAGCUAACAGUACCCAGCUCCACCCUUUGGUCAUUUUCAGGCCCAAAAUAAGCAAGACGUUUUAAGCGUCUUUGGGAAUUAGGAAAAGCACUAUUUAA